AUGGCUAACAACGAUCUUCCAGUUGACAAUGUUUUGCUAAUAAGUCAGAAGCUGAGGAAGACUUUGCAUUUGCAAUUAUUCAUCCGAGGAGAGGGGAACCACAGAAGCAAGUUGACUAGUGAUGUAGCUGGGGAGCUUAGUGAUACAUCUGUAAGUUGUGAGGAAACUAGAUCCAAUUCUCAGGCUAUUGUAUUUUCUCCAUUGGAGCAGCAAGUGCUGAGAAGAAGAAAUGCUAUUACUGAAAACAUGGGAAGAGAUCUCAGUCAAGUGACUAAUAGACUUUGGAAGACGUUUUACCAGAUUGAGUUUGGUGAGAAGAGCAUCAAUCAGGUGGUUGAGAGAAUGAAGCAAAGGAAAGUUACAUUUAAAUGGAAACAGUUGUAUGAGGCAAAGACAAAGGAAGUGGCGGAAACUCAGCAAAGGUCAUUCGAAAGAAUCAAGGAAUUGUAUCAAAAGGAAGAUGCGAAACGACAGAGCCGACAAGUUCAAGUCUGCACAAAGGUUCCACCUUCUAGCAAUAAAAGAAGCUUUUACGGUAGUGGACCUGGUAGCAGUUUUGGCAACACAAAGAGUUCCUUGAUGAAGAAGGCAAAAAUAGAGUUUGUUAACAGUCGAGAAGUAAAGAAUUUGGCUGCUAUGAAGAAUAAAGGUGUGCAAAGAACUCAUAGAUUUUGGCUAUUUGAACCUCGAUGUGGCAUGCAUCACAAGAAGACGUAGUUCAUGCUCUUGUUGAUUAGGAUAUAUAGUGGGGAGGAAUCGGAUCAUGUCUCUAACACCCAACGUUGACUUUUGGAUUGUAAUAUUGCUAUGUUUUCUUGGAUAUGUAUAUAUAUAUUUUUUUAUGAUAGUUUUAAUUCGAAUUAGAUGUACUUUUGAAGGUGAAUUUGAUUGUAGGAAGUAGUUUAUCGAUGUUUUAACUUUACGAUGUUUAAGUGUUUGAAUAUAGAAAUCAGUUUAUGGUUGUUUAA